UAAAGUAUGUAUAACACAAGAAAGAAUAAGAUUGUAAUGCAAAUGUGUCCCUCUCUCCCUCCAGCUGUGGACCGCUCGGCGACGGCCAGUCUGAGUGACGCCAGAGAUGCGAUGACCAACGCUGCCAUCGACUCGCUGACGUCGUACCGGCAGUCCGUGUUGACCAUCCAGCAGCCCGGACUGCUGGCCCCCGCCUGCCUCAGACUCUUCCCUCUCUUCAUCCUCGCCCUGCUUAAACAGAAAGCCUUCAGGACGGGCACCAGCACCAGGCUGGAUGACCGUGUGUUUGCCAUGCUUCAGCUGAAGUACCAGCCCCUGGUCUACUCUCUGCUGAUGAUCCACCCUGCUCUGUACCGUGUCGACGAUCUGACCGACGAGGGAGCUUUGAACAUCAAUGAGCGGACCAUCCCUCAGCCCAGAGUGCUGCAGCUGUCUGUUGAGAAGCUCAGCAGGGAGGCAGCAUUCCUCAUGGAUGCUGGAACGGUGAUGUAUCUGUGGAUCGGACGGAACUGCCACCCCAACUUCCUCUCUCAAGUCCUGGGAGUUCCCAGCUACGCUGCUGUGCCUGAUAACCUGUAUCUGCUCCCAGAGCUGGACACGGCCGAGUCGCAGAGAACCAGAGCUUUCAUCGGUUGGCUGAGGGAUCAGAGGCCCUUCUUCCCCCCAAUGCAUGUCAUCAGGGAAGAGAGCCAGCUGAAACCCACUUUUAUGCAGAACAUGAUCGAGGACCGAACAGAGUCGGCCCUGUCGUACUACGAGUUCCUGCUCCACCUCCAACAGCAAAUCUCCAAAUAAUCUUCAGUGGGACUGUGGAGACUAGGGAACACUGAAGUGAGGAUGUGAAUCGUGUACGUGCGUGUGUGUGUGAAAGCAGUGGGAGUCAGACUCAAGGAACCCUCUUGCUCCAUCUCCAUCUCCAGCUCCGGUCCACCUUCUCUUUCUAAGGAAAAGCUGAACUGACCUGAAGCGUCACUCAAAUCAAACUAUUUGGAGGACACUGCAAAGACUGAGAGAGAGAGACAAAUAAAUCGAUUCUGAUGCUUAUUUGAAACUUUUUACCCAGCUGCAGCUGUGCGUCGGAAGAUGAGAAAAAAGCAAGAAAUCCAAGAUGAUGAUGAUGAUGAUUAUGUUAAUGAUUGAAUGAAUCAGUGUUUAUUCUCAUAGAACAAUGCUGUCAAACUUCGGUAUCGUUCAGAUACAGUCCAGGCAAACGUAUGUGUGAGGUGUUUUUGUUCAAAAAGCAGUCUUUACUAAAACAAUUCAAACGUGUGUAUGCUUAGGACUAGGUUUAUGGGGAAGAUUAGUAUGUCUGCGCUCAAAGACUGUUAUUGAGUGUCACCAGGAGUAUUUGUACACACGGCAUCUGAGCUCUAACAACAUUCUUUAAUAUCAAACCUGAAGGACAGAACGUGGGCUUUUUUAUUUCUUAGUCAUUAUAAUUAUGUGUCGAACAAAUUCGUAAUCUCACCUGUAGAAGGCAGGGACGUUUGAAGGCCGAUGGACCUCUUGGUUGUCACUGCGUUGAAUGUGUGGAAAGUCAUUUUCAUCAGUCUGAUCUGUCCUUUCAAAAACUGUCAUCUUUUCUGUCUGUUCAGUCAGAACUCAUCUGACGACGUCCCUGUUUUCUUUGUCCAUUUCUUCUUUUUGUUUCUGAUUAUCUAAUAAUUUAUGAGACUCCCACUCUGAUUAAAUUCUAUAAUUGCCUUGUAUGGGAAGUCACUUUUUAUUAUUAAACCUCUGUUUAAAUACAGACUCUAUAUAUGAAAUAUUUUAAUAUAAUAGGAUAUGGGAAAUUCUUUAACACAGACAUAACAAAGUCAUUGUGAUCCUUUAGUCAUGCUUAUUGAUACUUGUAUAUUGAAAAAUACUGCAUUAUAUCAAGGUGAACAAAUGCUGAUUUUAGAAUAAACAUUAAGGUGAAAUGACGCUAAAGAAAUAAAAUGUUUGGGACUUUUUAAAUGUAGUUUUGUGUUUUGGUUGGGGAGCAGUGUUUAUUAGGUAAAAGUGAAGACUACAAAACAUAAAUAUGGACCAAUAGUAGUCAGUCAAGAAAGAAAUUAAGUGUGAAUUGAGGAUUUUUGAUUUGGUCUGAUUUCAUACAGUUUGUAAUCUAUGUAUUAUAUAAGCAAAUAUGUAUUUAGAAACAGACAUAUGUUUUCGUCUUUAUGCACAGAACUGUCUUUCAUAAGAAUAUGAAAAUAAAAAUAGCCUGUGUUUGUA